AUGCAGAACCUUACCGCAUGCCACACAAAUAAGAUGAUCUUCAGAAAGAUCGAUCUGGUUCGCGACUGUCACCAGGUACCUGUGGAUGACAAUGACAUUCCUAAAACCGCCAUCAUCAGUCCUUUCUGUUUGUUUGAAUGUUUAUGUAUGAUAUUUAUAUUAUGCAACGCCGCACAAACCAUCCAACGCUUCAUCCACGAUGUCACUCGUGGCAUAGACUUCGCAUAUUCCUACCUCGAUGUUAUCUUAGUAGCCAGUUCAUCGGAACAAGAGCACCUCGAGCAUCUUCGAACUCUCUUCCAGCGCUUGACCCAACACGGUGUCACAGUCAACCCGACUAAGUGCGUACUCGGCAAAUCAACGGAAGAAUUCCUAGGCUACCUCGUUUCAUUGGCUGAUAUUGAAGUCCUUCCUGAUAAGAUCUAGGCAAUCAAGCACAUCCCAGCUCCAACUUCGUUCAAACACCUCAGUCGAUUUUGUGGUUUGGUCAACAACUACCGACGCUUCAUUCCGCGCUGCGCUCAGCUCAUGCAGCCGCUGACUGACCUACUCAGAGGAAAUGAACGUAAGUACGCUUUCCCUGACACAGCACAGGCAGACUUCGAAAAGCUCAAGGAUGCUACCACCAACAUAGUACUCCUUGCUCAUUUGGAAGCGACUGCA